AUGGAGAAAAUGUCCGGAAGUAGAAAGAGAGGAUACGGAAGGAAAUUGGACAGUAAUAUGUUUCACGUAUGUGAGAAAUUGCUGCAGUCACCGUCACAUCUCCGUAGACAUAUGUUAUCACAUACUGGAGAGAGACAAUAUUACUACUCUGUGAACGAUUCUAGAGGUACCGGAAAUGACGACAUUCAGAAACCGUCAUUGAAGCACGUGUGUCCUAUAUGCAGCCGACCGUUCCCAUCUUCUUCCGGUUUAUCUCGUCACCUACAUACAGGAGAGAAGCCGUUUGAAUGUGAGAAAAAGAUGACGUUCAAACUUAUGUCUGAAAAAGCCAAAGCAACGUGCGAAAUUGGCAAAGCUGCAGAUACUGCAGCAACUGGAGAGCGCCCAACUAAGUCUUCUGAUAUCAGCAGUACGCCAAUGGAUCAGCGCCUCCCUGUAUUUCAGGAUGAUAUGCGGGGUGGGAGCAUGAAUAAGAUAGAUGUAGACAGUUCAUAA